AUGAUAUUAUUUCAGUUAUAUGUUAAAACACUUACUGGCAAAACUAUAGUUCUUGAAAAUGUAAAAAUUACUGAUAAUAUUCUUGUUGUUAAGAGUAUGAUAGAAUAUAUUGGAGGAAUUCCACCGGAUCAACAACGUUUGAUAUAUAACAAAGUUCAGUUUGAAGAUGGUCGUACAUUAGUUGAUUAUGAUAUCAAGAAUGGUUCAACUAUUUCUUUAAUUUUGAGAUUAAGUGGUUGUUGA